CCAAAGACUAACCUCCGUGACUCGCUCGUGCCUCCCCGCGUCGCAGAGUCACACUUAACCCGAGUUGACUGGUCCUGUCCACGAUGGACAACAGCGACAUCUUGACCAGCACGUCCACCUUACGGGUCUCGAAUGCAUAACGAACUUGUGCUAAAUGAAGCCUUUGAAGCUUGAAGCUCCGCGUUCUUUCGAGUGCUCCAAACAUCGCAUUUUAUGCUAUCAUCGUCAUCACAGUACGAUCGUUCACGUUCAGUCACGGUGCACACAUACUUUGUGGCAUUGGUGCUUCAGCUAUAUACAUAACUGUACGGAUCUUAUGCUGGACUUUCCCGGUAGAGGCUUCGUGGCGAUGACACUGGAGGGGCAUAACGAAGAACGACUGCGGACGUGGGCAUUCAGGACCGGAAAAGUUGUCUCAGCGGUGGCUUAUGGAAAGGCGCUAGGUCUUUACCCCUUUUCUGAUGGCGUCGUGGCAGUGAAACUCGAUCAACGUACCUUUUCCGCUCACUUCCAUCUACAGCUGAUGAGGAAUCACCUGCAGCGCGAGCUUCAACCUAUCCUUAACAGGUUCAAGUCCCUCUAUAAUGGAGCGAGAACUUCUACCUUCUCCACAAUAACUUAUGCCCCGUCACGGCCCCCUCGGCUUGGAUAGUGCCGCCGUGGCCCCAGCAGAGGUCGCGGCUGUGCCAGCUAGUUCUCCUAGUCGAAACCGGUCGUCAGUUGUCGGAAACUCUAUGUUCCUAACCCCACUCAAGACUGCACCGCUCAACCAGUGGAUUGUUUUUUUGUCGACGUUAGAGCACUUGCAAGCCCAACGGUGAACAAAGGCGACGGG